CUAAAGCACGCAUGCGCAAUCACGUCCGCCAUAUCCCAGCAAAAUAGACAGAAAACGUCAAAAUUUUUGCAACUUUUCCCAGCUACUGGCAAAGCGAUUGAAUAUCUGUUAAAGAAAAGAUGAAAAGACAUGGCCGAUGCAAACCUAUUUUGGGAGUUAAGGAAACGUUACCCUGAAGUUCCUGAUUUUGUAGUAAAACAAUACAUGACACAGUUUGGUAAUGAUAGGGAGAGAUGUAUCGAAAUGUUAACCAAUGAAAGUCCGAAAUAUUUAUUUGGCAAUCAAAACUGCCAGGUGAAUGAUCGAUUAAGUGAAUUAAACCUUGGUGAACCGAGACCUCGAAGCGACUCCUCCAGCAGCAACAUGAGUAAUGCUAGUUCCAGCAGUGCGUCAUCGAGGCCUCCGUUCAAUUCAAGUCACAGUUUAAUGAAUGUACCUGGAUAUCGCGGACCAAUUAUAGGCACUGACGAUAACCACCCGCCUACUGCUCCGAUUUUACCGAAUGAAAUUAAUCAAUUCAUGGAUAUGUAUAGGGGUGAUCAGAACACUGCUGAAAUUCCAAAUAUUAGUUGUAACAAUGUACAAAGUGUUCAACCAUAUGGAAAUAGAACAUUUCAGUAUGGCGGAGGUUAUGGACAAAACCCCUCAGGGAACCCUGUUAGUCUUAGUUCGUCACAACAAAAUUUACGUCAAAUUGAGGUUCAGCAUAUACAGACUAGCAGAGAACCUAGUGUUGUAAAUCAGCAGCCAAAUUAUUUUCAAAUUCGGAUAGCUUCUAAUCACAGUGGUUUGGGCGGUCAUGUGACUCAAAAUAACCCGUCACAGCCAAUGACUCCAAAUCGAGGCUGGGUUCAACAUCCUGUGCAUUAUAAUAACCCCUAUCAUAAAGUAGCUUAUACAGCUAAUCAGAACACAGCAUUUUCAUCUGAUCAUCGUUCCUCGCCAAUUUCACAGUAUAAUGUAAAUCACAACUCGGCUGUGACCUCACCAUACAGGUCUCCAGUUGAGGAACAGCGUACUUUCGGAGGAUAUGGACAACAGCAGUACGAAUCACAACAUUCUUCUCAGGCGAUGAUCUAUCUUCAAAAUCCGACGGCUAGUCCAAAUACACAGAUGAACACAGUGCCGCUUGUUGAACGCCCAAUACUAUCACCUGGUGGUCAAAAUAAUGUAAAUGUUCAUGGUUCGUAUAAUGAUCCUUGUUCGUCCCCAAAUAUUGUACGUAACCCUUCCAUGAACGAUUGCCAACCAAGCCCUCAAAAUAUGAGUGGACCUGUUUUAGUUGAAAUAAAAACUCCUCAAAGGGGCUUAGGUGUGCAAUCCCGUGUUCAAUUCUUUAACAAAAUUGCUGGAACUUCAAAUUCCAAUCCGGGUGGUGUAAGCCCACAGACUGUUCAAAAGAAUGUGAUGCUGGGUCAGUAUUCCCAGUCAAAUGAAAAUCCCUUGCCGGAAUCACAGCAACAUUAUGUGAACAGACACUACACACCAGAGCGUCCAACUGUGAUAAACUUUCAAGGGUCUGGCACUAGUCGAGACGAUGGUGGUUUUCUUCAAUUUCCGCCUAUGCCACCCGAGUGCCGGGUACCUGGCCAUCCGCAUGGCCCAAUACAAAAGAGUGCUAGUGUAGAUAGUAAUUCUGUUUUUGUUUCUGAUAUGGAAUAUCGUAACAUACCCACACAGCCAUUCAUGUCGCCAGCAUCUAGUCCAAGUAGCCUUAGUUCAGAAUCCUCGGCGGCACGAGAGAGACCACGAUCAGGCAGUCUGCAGGAUGAUCCUGCUUAUCUUCAAGCAUUAUUGUCUCAUCAAAAGUCCCGGAUGGAUAAACUUGUGGAGGAUUUAAGAUUGGCUGAAGAAAGAUUGGCUCAAUUAAAAGGGGAGGUGACAUCAUUAGAAAGUCAUGUGAUAGAACGAAAACGACAGAAAUCAUCUGUCUUUCCAUCUUCUGUAGAUUUAGCCAAACUAAGGGGAGACAAUCUCCAACUUCAGGCAGAUAUCCAGUUAAUGACACGGGAGAUUGAUCUCUUCAAUAACGGUCAAACUCCGUUAGGAGUACUAGAUCCUUUAGAACAACAAAAUUUUUACAAGAACAUGAACACGGGACAGCGUGGUUCGAUAUAUGCAAGUGCGUCACAGACACCUCCCAAAACAUUCACGUCAACAGUUACAACUUCUGUUACAACUACUGUGACUACGCCAACACGACCCCCACCAGAAAUCCCUCCAGAGCUCCCUCCCCGAGAUCCACAACCAAGAGAUGUGCCUCCUCCUUUGCCUCCACGCAUAUCAGCCACGCAAGUUCCGCCACCCCCACCUCACCAGCAGCCGGUAAACUCUGGUGAUUCUGACGCCGAUGGUGAACAGUGGAGUUGUUCUGCAUGUACAUUUCUCAAUCAUCCGGCCUUGAACAAGUGCGAGUGUUGUGAGAUGCCAAGAAUGAGUAUGUCGACGUCCUCACCGCUCAGUCCUCGAGAUGUGCCUGAUUCCUAUCCUACCACAGUUCAAAAUACACCAAGCCCAUGAUCAGAAUCAAAGCUUUUCAUUGGUCAAGAUUCAGCCAAUCACAGCAAAUGAAAGAACACAAUUUGUGCCAUUUUCGAUUGGUUUGAUUAACCAUGGUUGCUUUUGUUGAAUUUUAUUGGUCAAAACCCAACCAGUCAUAUUUAGUUAAUAGCAUAAGUCAUAUUUCACCAUUUGAUUUGAGUGCUUCAGAUUUUUUUACCAGAAUCUGUUUUGCAUUAUAUUAAAUUUUACAGAUUUUUAAGUCAUUUUUAAUUUUCAUUUUGUUAAGGACAUGCAGUUUAUGAAUUGUUACACCAAUUGUUGUAUUUAUUUAAACUUGCCUUAUGCAUUUAUCACUGCUUUUACAAUAAUGCUUUGGUAUAAAAAAUAACCAGAUUUUUUCCAUAAAUAUUAAUAGGAAGCAAAGUAUUGACUAAUUUGUAUAAUGUCUGUUUUAAUAGAUAUAAACACCAGUCCUUGAUUUUCAGAUUCAGGAAUGUCUGCUCUUUUAUCUAUGUUGUUCUGAAGUUCCUUAUAGGAAUUACAAAAAAAAAAAAAAAUGUUCAUCUGUACUUGGAUCUAUCAAAAACAAAAACAUACCAGGGUGGCAGAAAGCCCUUUCAUGACUUAGAAAAAAAUCAGAUUUAUAAUUAAGUGUAAACGAGAAAUUGAAAAGGCUCGUUAUCUUUUAGAGUAUAAAGUUUUCAAAAUUUAGUUACUAUUGUCUGUUAUCAUGGUCAUGCAGUAUUCUGUUUGUAUAAUUUUGGGUGAAAGGCAAAACCAGGAAAGAUGAAUACAUUGAACACCCCUUCGAAUGAUAAAUGGUACUGUUCAAAUUGAAUAAGAGACCAGUCGAUUUUAGAAAUUUAGUAGUGUAAAGGUUAAAAGGCAAUAAAGCUAAAUAUUUCAGGCGCAAUGCAUCAGUAUAUAUGGGCAUUUUUGGAUGAGAUUCUGUAACAGUGAGAUUUUAGUUAUAUUUAAUAUGUUGUUAAAAGUCUUACAUAUGUGAAGACUAUUGAUACAACAGACCUACCCUCAAAAUUUCAGGAUUAUGUAUAAAGAAAUUGCCUUGAUAGUAGAAUAAGUAGGCUUCGGAUAGAUAUUGGUGCGGAGAGAAAUUUGUUUUCUUAAUAAAUAGAAAAGAAGGAUUAACAUUUUACUUCAAAGAGAAAAAGUGCAAAGGUGAUGGGCUGAAAGAGCUAGCUUUUUCUGUUGUUGUAUUGUUUUAUCAUACACAUUUGGCACAGAAAGAAAAAAAUCUGUGAAAAAAAUUGUCUAAAAAGCAUCAAUUUCAUAUUGAGAGUAGCCCUCUUACGUUGUGAUGUUGACUAAAACCAUAACUCUUGUCUUUCAUAUUGCCUAAUGUCUGUUCUAUCUCAGACAAAGUUUGGCACACACAGAUGAUUCUCUUGCUUUAGUAAUGCAAAAGCACUUUCAUCAUCUGUGUUGACAUAAACUUGUAAAAAAUCUUUAAACCAGUAAUGAUUAUGUAUGCAUCUCGUUACAAUUUUUGAAGCUACCAGUAUACAGUCAUAUAAUACUUUCACACCGAAGGCAGACACAUCCAAGCAGUUAUUCUGGAUUUUUGAAAAUUUUGCUAACAUUUUGCAGUGAUUUUUAAAUGUUGAUACAUGUAUAUGCAAAAAUAAAUCUUAGCCUUAACUAUGUGAUAACAGUUGAUAUAUAGUAUUUAUUUAUCUAACUUGUAAAUAAAAUAGAAUAAAAUAAAUUGGCAUAUGUAAUAAAUAUUCUAUGUAAAAUGAAAUUUUGUACAUUAGAAAAUUUAAACAUUAAGACGUUUACUUUCUGUUUUCUACAAAAAAGUGCUAACUGCAGUAGGAUAUCUUUGAAGUCAGAUUAUCGUAAAUCAACUAGUCUAUAAAACCAGUCUGUGUGCUUUUAGUCUGUUCACAAUCAUUAAACCAGUCUGCUGAUCUGGCAGUCUGAGGCUGUUUCUAGUCAAACAGUUUGAAUUUGCAAACUGUUUUUUAACAUCUUUGAUACGAGUGAAAUAAAACCAUUAAAUAAUUUUGGUUUGGUAUUACACAAGAGUAAUAUCAUUUUGACUUUUACGUCGUUAGUAUAGGAGAUGUUUGUCAAAUUGACUUUGUAAUAGGUAAAGAAAGAAGAAAUUUCAGUGGAUCGGCAGGAAGAGCUCACGUGCAAUAAUUCUAAUGAUCGUUGUUUGCUUGAAAGAAGUUAAGUAAGACUUUUCAGAUUAUUACUAAUGAGCCGCGCCAUGAGAAAACCAACAUAGUGGCUUUGCGACCAGCAUGAAUCCAGACCAGCCUGCGCAUCCGCGCAGUCUGGUCAGGAACCAUGCUGUUCGUUUUCAAAGCCUAUUGCAAUUGGAGAAACCGUUAGCGAACAGCACGGAUCCUGACCAGACUGCGCGGAUGCGCAGGCUGGUCUGGAUCCAUGCUGGUUGCAAACGCACUGUUGGUUUUCUCAUGGCGCGGCUCAUAAUUGACGCAACAGAAUUUCGGGAAAGACAAGCUUUGAGUUCAAAGAUAUCCUCGUGUGUUAGACUCUGAAGGCAGUUAUUGAUGUAAGCUUGCUUCAGUAUUAAACAUGCUUCUACGUGUUGUUGUUGUAGCUAGACUAUAUGAAUAUCAUGUUGAAUUGUUGUUGCACCAUUCUCAUAUUAGCGUGCAAGUUCAUUAUGAUUGCUGAAACGUACAUGAGAGUAUAAAUGAUGUACAUUGAUUUGUCUAAACAUUAAUAUCCAAGCACUGGCAGAAACAUUACAAAUAUUUAUGUGACUUCAGAAAUUAUCAACAACCACUGUUCAAUACAAGUGAUGACUUUGGAAUUAUGAACAGCAUGGUUGCCUAAUUUUUGUUUUGAGAGGACACAUUACAUUGGAUUAAAAUCUUGCUUCAUUUAUGACAGGCCGCUGUGCCAGUCUGACACCACUAAUGGUGUCAAGCAUGUGUAAAGCAUCCUUUUUUAAAGCAAUAUACUUACUGUAUCACAAGAUAGAAACAAGUAUGUCUUGUUAUUUUUUACCUAGAUAUAUUUGCUUGAGAUAUAAAUUACUUUACGAGAAUAUUCCUUUUACCAAAUAUUUAUUUAAAGCAAUGUAAUAUAUAUAUAUAUAUAUAUAUAUAUAUAAAUAUAU